AUGGCGAUUAUCUCUGAGGUCGAAGAUGAAAGCAGCAGCAGCCGACCCUCGAUGCUACCGUUCAGGGCGACAUUUGAUCCUUCGAACCCUUUAGGGUUUCUGGGGAAAGUGUUGGACUUUCUCGGCGAACAGAGCGAUUUUCUCAAGAAAGACUCCGCGGAAGAGGAGAUCGCCGCCGCGGUUAGGGCGGCGAAGGAGAAGCUGAGGAAAGCCGAGAAGAAGCCUGUCGAGAACCCUGUGGAGAAGAAGCCGGAGAAGGAAAGUGUGAAGCCUGUUGAGAAGAAGCCGGAGAAAGAGAGCGUGAAGCCGACUAUGGCUGCUUCAAGCUCAAAGCCCACGGAAGCCGAGAAGCCUAAAGAGGAGCAGAACAAGGAAACCGGUCCCAUUGUUCCUAACCAAGGUAAUGGAACUGAUCUUGAGGACUAUUCAUGGGUCCAGACUCUCCAGGAGGUCACAGUUAACAUUCCAAUCCCUAGUGGCACUAAAGCACGGUCGGUUGUAUGUGAGAUUAAGAAGAAUCGUCUCAAGGUUGGUCUCAAAGGCCAGGAUCCAAUAAUUGAUGGAGAGCUUUACCGAUCUGUGAAGCCUGAUGACUGCUACUGGAACAUUGAGGAUCAAAAGGUGAUUUCGGUUCUCUUGACUAAGCAAGAUCAGAUGGAGUGGUGGAAAUGCUGUGUGAAAGGUGAACCUGAAAUAGAUACUCAGAAAGUUGAACCAGAGAGCAGCAAAUUAGCUGACCUUGACCCAGAAACUCGCCAGACUGUUGAGAAAAUGAUGUUUGAUCAAAGGCAAAAGCAGAUGGGUCUUCCGACAAGCGAUGAGCUACAGAAGCAAGAUAUUCUCAAGAAAUUCAUGUCUGCGCAUCCAGAGAUGGACUUCUCAAACGCAAAGAUAAACUGA